AUGUUUUUCAAAGCCCUCUGCUCUGGCCAGACACUGGCAAAGCAAACCACCAACGACUUCCCUCAACUCCAGUCGAAGAGGGCCUGCCUCUGCCAUCCAGCAAUCAGCGGUAUUGGGACAGAUCCCAUACUGCUCUUCAUGUUCCUUGGUUUUAAACUCACUCUACUGGGUCUGAUGGGAUGCGUAGGGGCAUUGCGGGACAAUCCGUGUCUUCUCCAGACCUUCUCAACAGCUGUGUUGCUGCUAGUGGUGGUUCAGGUAUUGACGGGAAUCAUGGUGUACAGCCUUCAAGGCCAGAUUGUGGAGUAAUUACGGUCAGGAAUGCUGGCCUCUAUGGUACGGUACCAAGACGAUCUGGACCUGAGGUUCAUCACUGAUGCGAUCCAGACGGGCCUGCAGUGCUGUGGGGCAGAUACCUACAGAGAUUGGGAAAUCAAUGUAUAUUUCAAUUGUUUGGCUCCAGGGGUCCAGGCCUGUGGUGUGCCCUCAUCCUGUUGUGUAGAUCACCUGGAGAAUGGGAGCAUGUGGAAAUCCCAGUGUGGAGAAGGUGCCCUAAAGCUGGAUGAGUUCUCUGCCCAGAGCAUCACCUUCCUUGGUGGCUGUUUGGGAAGCAUCUCGCACUGGAUAGAGCACCACGGUGGAGUCAUUAGCAUGGCGGCUAUAGUUCUGCUGGGAGUCCAGAUCCUUACUCUGGUCAUAACCGCACGUCUGCUGCAGAAGAUACAGUGGAACGGAGAGCAAAAUGGUGUAUACUCAUAA